UUUGGUUCCGCCCUUCUGACACUGCUUUCUUGUUUGCUGUGCUAGCGCCAUGUAUCGCUCAGUGAGGAACCUCCAGCGAUUUAACAACGUCCUGCCUUUGCAGAACGGCGUUGCUGUCAAACACUGCGGCCCAGCGGUUGGGGUGAUAAAUAUCUAUUUAAGAAUGGCAAGUUCGGAAUCCUACAGAAUUGAACGUGACACGUUUGGAGAGCUGAAAGUACCAAGUGACAAGUACUAUGGUGCUCAGACGGUCAGAUCUACCAUGAAUUUCAAAAUCGGUGGUGUAACGGAGAGAAUGCCUAUUCAAGUUAUUAGAGCCUUUGGGAUUCUGAAGAGAGCUGCUGCAGAGGUUAACACAGACUAUGGUUUGGAUCCGAAGAUUGCUGAAGCAAUUGUUAAAGCAGCUGAUGAGGUAACUGCUGGGAAACUGGAUGACCACUUCCCUCUAGUGGUGUGGCAGACAGGAUCAGGUACUCAAACUAACAUGAAUGUCAAUGAGGUGAUCAGUAACAGAGCCAUCGAGAUUCUUGGAGGAAAGCUUGGCAGUAAGGAUCCUGUCCACCCUAAUGACCAUGUCAACAAAAGCCAGAGCUCCAAUGAUACGUUUCCCACGGCCAUGCACAUUGCUGCAGCUAAAGAGGUCCAUGAGGUUCUCAUUCCUGGGCUCCAAACGCUUCAUGACGCGCUGGCGGCCAAGGCCUUAAAGUUCAAAGACAUCAUAAAGAUUGGACGGACACACACACAGGAUGCUGUUCCUCUCUCCCUUGGACAGGAGUUUAGUGCUUAUGUUCAGCAAGUGAAGUACAGCAUAUUGCGGAUCAAGGCAGCCAUGCCCAGAGUGUAUGAGUUGGCAGCUGGAGGGACAGCAGUUGGCACUGGCCUAAACACCCGGAUCGGAUUUGCUGAGAAGGUGGCAGAAAAAGUAUCAGCCCUUACAGGUCUGCCAUUCGUGACGGCGGAAAACAAAUUUGAAGCUCUGGCUGCCCACGAUGCCCUGGUGGAGUUAAGUGGAGCACUGAACACUGUGGCUGUCAGCAUGAUGAAGAUCGCCAAUGACAUCCGCUUCCUGGGAUCAGGUCCACGCUCUGGCCUGGGGGAACUUAUCCUGCCAGAGAAUGAGCCAGGCAGCAGCAUCAUGCCUGGUAAAGUGAACCCCACUCAGUGUGAGGCCAUGACUAUGGUGGCCGCGCAGGUCAUGGGGAACCAUGUGGCUGUCACUAUUGGAGGCAGCAAUGGACACUUUGAACUCAAUGUCUUCAAACCAAUGAUGAUCAAAAAUAUGCUCAACUCUGCCAGGCUUCUGGGAGACGCUUCUGUCUCUUUCACAAACAACUGUGUGGUGGGCAUUGAACCAAACACGGAGCGGAUCAAUAAGCUGAUGAAUGAAUCCCUAAUGCUGGUGACGGCACUUAACCCUCACAUCGGUUACGACAAAGCUGCCAAAAUUGCCAAGACGGCUCACAAAGAGGGUUCAACUCUCAAGGCCACAGCGGUCGCGCUGGGCUACCUGACGGAGGAGGAGUUUGACAAGUGGGUGGUGCCCAGUGAGAUGCUGGGGCCCAAGUGAAGAUGGAGCGAAGCGCACAACAGAGAUGAUAUAUCUGUAAAAUAAAGAUGUUUUUGAUUA